AGGCGCCUGCGCACCGCGCGCUCUCGCCCGAGGAACCGCAGUGUUGAGAGCGCCCAGGCGGGGUGUGGGUGCCUCUCGGGCCAGGCUCUCCCGCCACCCCGGCGUCGUUGGACUGCACCCAGGGCGGGGACGUGCGCCGGGCACGGGAGGGAGCCAAGAUGCCGAUCAAUAAAUCAGAGAAGCCAGAAAGCUGUGAUAAUGUGAAGGUGGUUGUUAGAUGCCGGCCCCUGAAUGAGAGAGAGAAAUCAAUGUGCUACAGACAGGCUGUCAGUGUGGAUGAAAUGAGGGGAACUAUCACUGUCCAUAAGACUGACUCUUCCAACGAACCUCCAAAGACAUUUACUUUUGAUACUGUUUUUGGACCGGAGAGUAAACAACUUGAUGUUUAUAACUUAACUGCAAGACCCAUUAUUGAUUCUGUUCUUGAAGGCUACAAUGGGACUAUUUUUGCAUAUGGACAAACUGGAACAGGCAAAACUUUCACAAUGGAAGGUGUUCGAGCUGUUCCUGAACUUAGAGGAAUCAUUCCAAAUUCAUUUGCUCAUAUAUUUGGUCACAUUGCAAAAGCAGAGGGUGAUACAAGAUUUUUGGUUAGAGUGUCUUAUUUGGAAAUAUAUAAUGAAGAAGUUCGUGAUCUUUUGGGCAAGGAUCAGACACAGAGAUUGGAGGUUAAAGAAAGACCUGAUGUAGGAGUUUAUAUCAAAGAUUUAUCAGCUUACGUGGUAAAUAAUGCUGAUGAUAUGGAUAGAAUUAUGACACUAGGCCACAAAAAUCGUUCUGUUGGUGCAACUAAUAUGAAUGAACAUAGUUCUCGCUCCCAUGCCAUCUUUACGAUUACUAUAGAAUGCAGUGAGAAAGGUGUUGAUGGUAACAUGCAUGUCAGGAUGGGGAAGCUCCAUCUUGUAGAUCUUGCUGGUUCAGAAAGACAAGCAAAAACUGGAGCUACUGGACAGCGCCUAAAAGAAGCUACAAAAAUCAAUCUUUCACUUUCUACCCUUGGUAAUGUAAUUUCUGCCUUGGUUGAUGGAAAAAGCACUCAUGUGCCUUAUCGUAAUUCUAAAUUGACCCGUCUUCUUCAGGAUUCCUUAGGAGGAAAUUCAAAAACCAUGAUGUGUGCCAAUAUUGGGCCAGCAGACUACAAUUAUGAUGAAACUAUCAGUACAUUACGGUACGCCAACCGUGCUAAGAAUAUUAAAAAUAAAGCUAGAAUUAAUGAAGAUCCGAAGGACGCUUUGCUUCGUCAGUUUCAGAAAGAAAUAGAAGAACUGAAAAAAAAACUUGAGGAAGGGGAAGAAAUAUCAGGCUCUGAUAUCAGUGGUUCAGAGGAAGAUGAUGAGGAAGAAGGUGAGGUUGGAGAAGAUGGCGAGAAAAGGAAAAAAAGACGGGGCAGUAGCAGCAGCAGUAGUUCAGACUCUACAUGUUCUGUCAUAGAGAAACCUCUGGAUAAGUUCUUGCCUAGUAAAAAGAAAGUUUCCCCAGAUAAGAUGGUUGAAAUGCAAGCAAAAAUCGAUGAGGAGAGAAAAGCACUUGAAACAAAGCUUGAUAUGGAAGAAGAAGAAAGGAAUAAGGCUAGAGCUGAAUUAGAGAAACGGGAAAAAGAUCUUCUUAAGGCCCAACAAGAACAUCAGACUUUGCUAGAGAAGUUAUCUGCAUUGGAGAAGAAGGUGAUUGUUGGUGGUGUAGAUUUACUGGCAAAAGCUGAGGAACAAGAAAAACUUCUGGAAGAAUCUAAUAUGGAACUGGAAGAAAGGAGGAAAAGAGCAGAGCAGCUUCGCAAAGAACUUGAAGAAAAAGAGCAAGAACGCUUGGAUAUUGAAGAAAAAUAUACCAGUUUGCAAGAGGAAGCACAAGGAAAGACCAAGAAAUUAAAGAAAGUUUGGACUAUGCUGAUGGCUGCAAAAUCAGAGAUGGCUGAUCUUCAGCAAGAACAUCAGAGAGAAAUUGAAGGGUUAUUGGAAAAUAUCCGACAACUUAGUCGGGAACUUCGACUUCAGAUGCUUAUUAUUGAUAACUUUAUACCCCAGGACUAUCAGGAAAUGAUUGAAAACUAUGUCCAUUGGAAUGAAGACAUAGGAGAAUGGCAGCUAAAAUGUGUUGCCUAUACAGGAAAUAAUAUGCGGAAACAAACUCCAGUUUCUGAUAAAAAAGAGAAAGAUCCCUUUGAAGUGGACCUUUCUCAUGUAUAUCUCGCCUAUACUGAAGAGAGUCUGCGACAGUCUUUGAUGAAAUUGGAACGGCCACGGACUUCAAAGGGGAAGGCAAGGCCCAAGACAGGGAGAAGAAAGCGUUCUGCAAAGCCUGAAACUGUAAUUGACUCUUUACUCCAGUAAAUGUUACAGACUUAAAGUUACAAUAAAAAUGAGUGAUAUUCUCAUGCCUGGACAAAAAUCUUUCAUUAAAACACUGAUGACUUUUGUGUAAUUUCAAGUAAUGGAAACUGUAAAUCAUGGAAUAAUACUGGAAAUGAUAAUUCGCCUAAUAACUUUUAGUCUAUAUAAAGUUAACCUGACAUAUUAAAUUGGUACAACUGAUACUCAUUCAAAUUAUUAUAUUACUCUUCUGCUUAUACUGUGCAGGGAAGUUGCAGGAGCAGCUCAUACUAUAGAGUUGCAGUUGAAAUGUAUACAUAAAUCUGUUACUAGUUUACCCAACUACUGUAUAUUCAGAUAACUGGAAUUUCAAAAUAGAAAAAAAGGUGGAUUUUUUGCACGCAACGUAGCAUAUCUAAUUGUCUUUUGUUGUACUGUUAAAUAUGAAUGUAUGAACUGCAUAUUUGAGAAUAAUUCAACCCUAACAACCCACCUGGUCUGUUUAAAUAAGUUAAAUUUUUAACAUUCAUUGUAAUUGAAGUAUGAGAUGUCUGAUCUUAUUAAUCUACUGUAGGAAAUUUUAUGGUCAGUUUUGGGAUGUAUUCAUGUUUGAAAAACAGUUUAAGACUAUGUUUCAUCUGGACCUCUCGACCUUUUUUCCACUUUGAGUUCAAGACAAGUAUAUAUUUUUUAUUCUGGUUUCAUGUUCCUUUGAGACAGUGAAUUGUUCCUAAAUAUAAAGGCGCUAUAGUUACAGAAAAUUGUCACUGAUAUCUGCAUGUAUUUGUAUUGUUUUUUCAAACUCACUUUGAGAUGUGACAAGUAAAUGCUUUCUUGUGUUUGAAUUCUAAAUUUUGAUGGAAAUUGCUCUGUAUCCAAUAGGGAGUGAUUUCCAUUAUCCAAAAAGUGAAACGAAGCAAGAAAAAUAGCUUUUAAUCACUUGUCUUUAAAACACUUUGGUUUUUAUUUUAUUUAUAAAAAGACUUCUACCUAAAUUUCUUGUGUUACAAAUUGUUGGGUCAUAUUACUCAAAAAAUAAAAAUUAGGGCCAGAGAGGUAGCACAGUGGGUAGGGCCCUUGCCUUGC